AUGCUCUCUCUCCCGGUCUUCAUACCGCGUGAUUCGCACGAUCUUUGGUUCAGUCCCCGAACAGUACCUCCUCCACAGCAUACCGAACCACCAUCAUCCUCAACCUCGAUCUCCGCAAGCCACGCCCAGGCCGCCCGCCGUCAUGACAGCACACAAUACCGGGACGGUGGGGCAUCAGCAACCCGCCCCGGGGGCUCUGCGCUCGCUACAAGUGAUACGUUGGCAACGUUGAUACUGGAAGAACGGGCCCUACGCGCGCGCAAGAAUAAUAUCGCUUCAUUUGGAUGCUCGUGGAUUAAGCCGGCUGGAUGCCCGAAGACGAUGCUAGGGAUGAAGGAGGAGGAGGCCGAAAGGGAGGAGGCUAUGGCUGCUGCGGAUGCGGAGUUUGCUGCUGCCGCUGCCGCCGCCGCUGCGGCAGGUGAGGAGGGUGAGGAAGGGAUGGAUGAGGAGGAUGAGACGGGGAUGGAGAGGGACUUGGAUGCGGAUAUUCCGGACGCGGACGGGAAUGAGGAGGGUGAAGAAGAGGAAGGCCUUGUGGAGGAUGGGGAGGAAGGGCUGGAAGAGGACGAAGGUUUGGAUGAAGAGAGUUACAUGGAGCGCGACUUGGAUGAUGAAGUUCCCGAAGCAUUUGCCGAUUAUGAUGACGACGAUGAGGAAGAUUUUGAUAACCAACCUGACCUCGAUGGCGAGAUUCCGAGCGCCGACGAAGGUGUCGAUGAAAUGAGCGAGCUCGAGGAUGAAGAGCAGGAAGAGCGCGACUUGGACGACGACAUCCCCGAAGCAGACGCAGGCGAAGAUGAGUGGCAGCACACAGAUACGGACGCCGAAUUCGACGAUGAAGAAGAUGAAGUUAGUUUUGCGCAGCACCCGUUCCGUACCAGCACAGCUAGCAGCGCUCGUGGCCCACCGCUACCACAAGCACCAGCGCGUCCUCGAGAAACAGAGGCGCAGCGCCGCUUUCUCCAGCGCUGGAGCGGAGGUGGCGACGUCUUCGAUACGAGUAGCCUGAACACGAGCAUGUUGGUCGACGAAUUCGACCAGGAACACUACCGAGAUCGGGAUCGGGACCGUGGACGGGAUCUCCGCGCUUCGCUGGCGAGCCAGACUAGUCGGCGCAGCUCCGGGAAUGACAGCAUCUUUGGGCGGUUUCCAAGACGGAGAGGGCGGAGCGGAAUGCCGAGGGAUAGUCUUGAGUUCUAG